UCUCAACAAGGAUGGAUUGUCUUGUCCUCUUUCUCAUUAGUGUUUUCGAAUGUUUAGGGGGGUGACAUUCUUGCACAAAGUGGAUUGUCUUGUUCUCUUAUGCACCUUAAUACUCAUUUGCUUGUAAGUUGCUGUUGUGUAUGUUUGUUAGCCUCUUUCUAGGCUUUUGGUGUUCCCUCGACCAUUUUUCCCUAGCAAUGCAUACCCAAUUUACCAAAAAAAGAAGAACCAAGUAUGUGGUGGAACCCACAAAGCAUUGGAGGCUGUCGAAGCAAAUCUGGCCCAAACAGCUACUAUGAAGGCGAUGGGGCUCAAUGGACGUCAACACAAGUGGCCCAGACAAUAGUCUAGCUCCACCGUUUAAUAUCCUCAUUCUUAAUCUUGUCAUUUCUCGCGUGCCCACACAUGCAACAAAACAUUCUCAUCUCCGCUACAUUAACUUUUGCACGUGUUGAUGUUUGAUUGUCCAUUCUGUGCCGUAAAGCAUUGAUGGCCUUAUUGUCGUCCUUUAUAAUUAUCCCUUAAGCUUUAAUAACGUACAACAGUCGCACAACAUCCAAUGCACUCUUCCACUUCAUCCAUACAUCUUGUACUUUACAAGGUUGCAGCAAAAAAAAUAAAAAAAUAAAAAAAAAUCAUUUAGAAUCUGCUAAUGUUUAGGCAUCUAGCAAGUAGUGAACUACGUCAAUAGGUAGGGCAUUUAUUUUAACUCAUUGUGUUCCAAACUAAAUAUAAAUUAGUAUAGAAUAUCAUUUAGCAUAGAAUAUCACUUACAGUUGUAAAAAUAAAAUUGUCUAGGCAGCUAUUACCUAAAAGUAUCAUAACAGCACCAAGCCCAUAAUCCUAAAUGAUAAACCCACCAAAGCAUUGUUUGGUGGAAUGAAGGACACGUGUAUUAAAGACAGGUGUACUACUGGCCAAGUAAACGUAGCCUUUGUUCCUGCGGUUUUCCACAACUAACUUUGCAUGUUCAUCUCGUCAUCUCUCCCAAUACAAACCAUCUGCCACAAACAAAAAAGCAAUAAUAAUUCAGUGAAUUAAUAAGAUGGGAUCCGAGACAUUCCUAGAAGUCUUGUGUGCCAUUUUUCUUCCACCAGUUGGUGUCUUCAUUCGCUAUGGCUGCGGGGUGGAGUUUUGGAUCGCCGUAUUGCUGACGCUGUUUGGAUAUAUACCAGGAAUUAUAUAUGCAGUUUAUGUCUUGGUUGUAUAAACUUGCUAAUUAAUUAUUCAAGUUUUAUUGGAUCAAAUAAAUGGCUUGUUUAGUUAUAGGUAUUAGAUAUAGUACAAUGUACAUUCAUUUUUAAUUAGUGAUCAAUUUUUGUAAUGUGUGAUCUGAUGGACAUAUUUUGAGAUCAAAGUCUUUCAUUUUUGUCAAGUUUUCAUCUCCCGCAUGCUUAGAAAUAACGCAAGAAGGUAUGGGCGGAAUGAAGCUAUGUGA